CUCAGUUCAGGGAACACCUUGGAGAGAGAUCUCUCAGGGUCUUUCUUCCUUUCCUUCUGUGCCCUACGUCCCAUGUGUAAAUCUGGGCAGUGGAAGGAGACCUGGAUCUUGGAGAGGGGCCAAGGUCCUGUGUUCUUGGGGCUGGAUCUGAAAUUUCCUGUAAGGGAGAAGCAGAAUUUGCUGAGUUCUUCCUCCUAUUCAUAACCAGCAAAUCGUGUUGAUGGGGGUUCUGCUCCUGUCUGACCACAAAUUAUGCAAUGGUGGGUCAGCCCCCGGAUACUCCCUCUUUGCCUUUUAACCAAAAGCUGAAUCAACUCCCAGAGGAGACCAGAGGCCAGUGAGGCACCAAUAAACACGGUGUGAGCGAGAUGGAGAACUCCUCCGUGCUCCCCUCGGACGCCCCCCUCUUCCCCCACUCCCCCAUCCACCAGACCUUCUGGAUCAUCUCCCUCAUCGUCUGCUGCUUGGCCUUCGUCCUGGGCGUCGCUGGCAACGGGCUGGUGCUCUGGGUGGCGGGCUUCCGAAUGAGCCGCACGGUCACCACGGUCCUGUUCCUCAACCUGGCGGCCGCGGACUUCGCCUUCACCGCCUUCCUGCCCUUCGUCAUCAGCAGCACGAUCCUGCAGCCGCACUGGCCCUUCGGCUGGUUCCUCUGCAAGCUCCUCAGCUUCCUGGCCGUCCUCAACAUGUUCGCCAGCGUCUUCCUGCUGACCCUCGUGGCCCUGGACCGCUGCGUCUCCGUGCUCUGGCCCAUUUGGGCCCGGAACCACCGCAAGCCCCGUCUGGCCGCCCUGGCCGCCGCCGGGGUCUGGAUAUUCGCCUUCGCCUUCUCGCUGCCCACGUUCAUCUUCAGGACCACGGACACGGAGGACGAGAUCACCUUCUGCUACAUGGAGUUUGACCCCUGGGACGAGGCGGGGGAGGACGAGGAGUCCGUGAACGCCCUGUAUGAGAGUCGCCACUGGUCCCUGGUGCUGACCCGCUUCUCCCUGGGCUUCCUCAUCCCCCUCCUCAUCAUCAGCGUCUGCUACGGGCUCAUCACGGCCAAGCUGUGGAGCGGGAUGCGCAGGGUGCGCUCCAGCCGGCCCUUCCGGAUCCUCACGGCCGUGGUGGUCGCCUUCUUCCUCUGCUGGCUCCCUUACCACGUGCUGGGCAUGAUCGAGGCUUCCGUCCCCGCCCACCCUCAGCUCGCCCAGGUUCUGCCCUACCUGAGCCCGUUCUCCUCCUCGCUGGCCUUCGUCAACAGCUGCCUCAACCCCCUGCUCUACGUCUUCAUAGGUCGGGACUUCAGGGAGAAGCUCUUCCGCUCCCUGCCCGCCGCCCUGGAGAGGGCUCUGAGCGAGGAGUCCGCCGCCACGGGGGCCACCGGCAGCAGCUCGGUCUCUGCGGCCCCCAUGGCUGUCACCGAGACAUAGACUCUGUGAGGAGACUCCACUCUCGGGGGAUUCUGGGAACUUCUGCUUAAGUCCCGAGUUCCAGCGGCCUCCCAACGCGGACUUUUCUGUUCUAAGGUGGCUCCUAGCUCUGAUUCUAAGGGCAAUCCCAGCCCUGUUCUGAAUCCAGAAUGUAUGCUCCCAUUUUUCAGAACCUUUCAGCUCUGGUACUCCCUGUUCUGUGUUCUAAGGACGCCCCAGUUUCCACCUGUCAUAGGAAAGCCUCAAUGAUUGGUCAGCACGCUGAGUCUUAAAGAAGGAAGGGAGACGACAUCCCAACGUCAUCCCAAAUCAGUGGAUCCCUCCUCCUUCCCUGCCCUCAGAAGUCCCCACUCCUGGUAGAUGGCCUCCUCCUGCUGUGGCUCUGGGGUCCCGGAUACCAACAAGCUUCCCACUGAAUCACCAGAGUUUGUUCCCACAGAGAACACUGAGCUCCUCCAGGACUUGGUCCUGCUCCCCUAACCUUCCCUGGAGGAAAGGGGAAUACUGAGCUGAGGAAGGGAGGGGUCUUUCUCUGAGAAGAGGAAGGGAAAGUGCUGGGAAAACAGUCUCAAAUCCUCACUCUGCCACUGGGACCUGGGCUUAGAAUCAACUAAAGGAGGCUGGAGGGCCAUUCAGUGACCUUCAAGGGCUUCCAAGCCAUCAUUUUAAAAAAUAUAUUAUGCAAGGGGUUUUUUAUGGUUUCCAUGUCCUAGACUCUCCUACCUCAUUUCAGAAAAUCCUUUCAAUAAAGAACCCUUAAAAAGGUAGUGGGGAGAAGGUGAUUAAAAGAGGAAGAUGAGAGAAAAGUGCAGCAAAAUUGCUCCAUUUGGGGGUGGGGGGGGAAGCUAGUAUUCUUACAUGAAGCACCCCUUCUGACUCCAUUUUGUUGCCAGUGGUUUGUUGGCUCAGGGGUGAUUCAGUGAGACUGGCAGGGACUCCCUCAGUAAUUGGGCUUAGAGAUGAGUUCACACACCAUGGGUCACACUCAGGGAGAGUCACUUCCCUGGUGGGUCUGGCCACUUGGGGAAGGGUUUAGUUACAGCCCUCUGUGGAGUUGUCUUAAGGAGUAGGUGGGGGACAGGGAAAGACCCUCAUUUUCACACAUAUACAAAAACAGAGAUAGAAUUUAAGGCUACAAGGAAGCCUAGACAUCCAUUUUACAGAUGAAAAGAUUAAGGAUUAUUUUGGUUUCCUUUUUGUAAAUUCCAAUACCUAAUUUAAUGUCUUGCAAACCGUCGGUACUUAAUAAAAUCAUGUUGAAUUAGCAUGAGGCAACCAGUGGCCUGUUAUUCUGAUCAAACGAGAUAAUAUUUGUAAAAAGCACUUAGCACAGCUCCCAGCAAGUUGUAGGUACUAUAUAAAUGUUUGUUCCCUCCUUUUCCCCUUUUCCGACCUAUAAAGGAAAAGAAGUAUACCUGAGGUCCUAAACUAGAGAGGUAGGAUUUGAACUAGAACUCCAUCCCUAGUAGUGCCCUCCAUUAUUCAAUAUCUCUUUCUCACUGGUUGGGAGCCCCACAUCUAAGGAAAUAUGGGAGAAGGAUGCAUAGUCUGACUGAGAGAACACAUCCUCCACAGAAGGAACAUUGGUCACAGCCCUUGGAAGCCCACCAUGUUGGAAAUUCUCCCAUCCUUUGCUUGUCUACCUGAACUACAGAUCUGGGAAAAGGAAAGGUCAGAGGUGAAAAGGAUCUCAGAAAAGAGAACUUCAGAGCUGGGUUGAAAAGCUUGGUACUUUGGGAUGUCAACAAAAAAGCCUACUGGUGGUCAUUUUGUGUCUCUCCCACACAGUGACAGAGGCAGGUGGAUUGGGUCUGCAUCCAUUUAAAAGGGAAGACAUCUGCACUCAUUUCUCUUCUUCCCAUCCAGAAUCCCCUCCUUCUAGGAGCUCUUGUGAGAAAUAAAGAUUGCUUGAUUAUGGCCACCACAAUAAGUGCUCUUUCAAAGAAGACUCGAAUAACUCCUCUCCCUCAGAACUGAGCCCAGUUUGAGCUCAAAGAUUCAGAGCUAGGGGCACCUUUAGAAAAAGGGGAAAGCACCCCAGUGUUCUCCCAAUAGUCCAUCAACAAGUGAUAGUCUUAUAUUUCUAUUAGGGAAUAAAGCAGCAAUAGAAAAUGCUGAUAUUGCUGUAAUUCUAACCAAUAAGAGGAAGGACAACAAAGAUGCUCUCCCUAGUAGGUGGUCCUCAACAAUUCUAUUUGAUUUGAAAACCAUCGAUGCGGAGCAACAGGAAAAAAAAAACCAUUCUGAGCAGGAGGAAGUCACAAAACUCUUCCCACCCAGAGGCUUACAUGGUUCUGCCCCCCUCACUAUCAAGCAAGAGAGAAUGAUUUAACCUGUUGGAGUCUUUUGUAGACACAAUCCAUUCUGGUUCAUUGAUUAAUUAAAAGACUUUUCUUUAAUAUGCAUCCAAUGGACAGGAAACUUCUAGGAGACCCGGACGUGCCCUGAAUCUGGGAAGCAAAAAGUAGCACCAUCACACAUUUCUGGAAGGAGGUUCCCCAAGCCUUCAUAUAUUUAUUUAAGGGGGAGAGUAUAUUGUACCUGAUUUAUGGAUUGAGCCCCCAUCGGCCAAUCCUUUCCUUUACACAGCAAAAUCUGGUAUUUUUAUGCUUAUAUAUUCAAUAAGUGUGGAAAUGCACUUCACAUAGAACAUUUCUUUUGAGUAAUCUCUCAACAACUCUUUGAAGCAGGUCAUUUAGCAUUAUUUUUGUCAAUAUUUCCGAAACCAUUCCUCUGCCCAUCAGCCCGUGUCAGUUCUGCUUUGACCUUCAGCUGAAAGGCUAUCCUUGAGAAGAGCAGACUGGGUUUGGCCCCAGGGGCAGAGCUCAGCGAUAGGGCUUGGGGGGAUGAGGGGGAGCUGCGGAGAGAGAGCAUCCUGCUCAGUCCAGGGAAAGCCGGAAUCCCGACAUCAUUUCACGGUCCGUAUUUAGGUUGUUCUGUGGAGAUGCUGGGGCUCAGGAUAAGCCCCCCGCAGACCCCGGGGGACAGAGACUUUUGCACUUUUCCCCUUCCUUCUCUCCCCUGCGCCUUUCCUGUGACCUUGCAGAAGCGACUUCCUUGGACACAAACAGGGACAGAGGCUGAGAUGGAGUCUUUGGCAAGGGCAGCAGAAGCGUGAGGGGACCAUAAGGGUAACCAGGCUAAUCCGGGCAUCUAGUGGCCAAUGCAGGUACUGCAGUCCGCACAUAGACUGACGAGUGGGUCCCUUGUGGCGACCUCUGGUGGCAUAUUCACAUAUUGCAGCCAUUUGUGGGUCAAUUAACACAAGCUGUAUGGGCGUGAUUUUUGAGUCUUCCAUGAAAUGGGAGAGGGAAUGACUGAGCAAUGGUUUCCUGUCCCAAGAUCCCAAGGACGUGACCUUCCAUGGGAUUUGAAAGGAUUUGAAAAAAAAAAAAAAAA